AUGUCAAUUGCCAAUCUUUGGAUUCGUUUCAAAAGGCGACAAGAAGUAUGUCUUUGGUUCGCAGAUACCCCCAUUUGUACUAACACCCGCAGGUUGUUGGACCACAAGGUCCAGGCGGAGUACUUCGACAAUAUUGCUGGUAGAUAUAUGCGAUUCUGUGACGAUCACUCGAAAGAUCUGGAAGCCGCACAUGCAUCUCUUCCAAAAAGCUCAUCGAACGAUGCAACUUCCAACCCGCCCGCUCUCCAGUCACCCUUGAAAUCGAACCCCGCACGGAGGGGCAUUCCGCCACCAGCAACAGAGCUAUCCACGCUCCUGCUCUCACUUCGCAAGCUGCGCGAAGCCGUUCUGGCAACGGCCGCGACAGUUUCGACGGCAUUUUCACAAAGAAUCCACGUCUUCUCCAUCCGACUAUCUAUCCUCGCCCAUCACCCACCCUCAUACUUUCCUUCCUUGCGAUACGUCCUGGACAAACUGCAUUCACCAUCCCAUCCGCUCCCGGAAGCCAAGGAAUUAAUUACAUAUAUGAUCCUCGAUUAUGCCUGUCGACAAGAAGAUAUGGCAGCAGCCUUUGAAUUGCGCGCCCGCGCGCGCAGAGAGCACGCUUACCAGUCACAGAUGGUAGACAAGGUUCUCACGGCGCUGAUCCACAACAAUUGGGUGGUCUUCUGGCAGGUCCAUAACAGUGUGGACUCUCAUGUUCGCGCAGUGAUGAAUUGGGCUGUAGAUCGGAUGCGCAGACAUGCGCUCAAGGCUGUCGGCAGUGCUUAUCUCAACGCGCAUAUCAAUUGGAUUCUGCACGGCUGCACGGGAGACGAUCAAGGUUGGACAUGGGAGACAUUGGCUGAGAAAGAGAAGCUCCGUUGGGAACGAGAGGGUGAUAAGAUUAUCAUUAAACGGCCAAGACAGAGGCCGCCAAAACCAGAGCCAAAUUCAUUGGCUGCAUGA